AAUUUAUAUGUGUAAACGAAGAUGAUGAUAUUGGUAGCAAUUAUUUCAUAAGCAGCAGUUUAAAGAGAGGGGCUAAAGAAAAUACCAAUUCUAAAGGAAAUUCUAACAUUAUCACAGUUGUUAUGAAUGCGAUUGAAAAUUUAUGUUUCUUGGUAGAAUUUUUUGAAGAACAAAAAAACGCAAAAAAAUAUGAACA